UAUGUGUUCAGUGUUGAGGACGGGCGUCUGCUGGACUAUCUGGUGGCUCACGAUGAGCUGAUGGAGGAGAAGGUGGCGUUCUUCAUUAAAGACAUACUGGAAGCUCUGCAGCACCUGCACACAUGCAGAGUAGCUCACCUGGACCUCAAGCCUGAAAACCUGUUGGUGGACCUCCACGUGCCGGCGCCCUGCGUGAAGCUCUCAGAUCUGGGCGAUGCUGUACAUGUUUCGGGUCACCGCUAUGUGCAUCUCCUCCUGGGGAACCCUGAAUUUGCCGCUCCAGAGCUCAUCCAGGGCACCCCGGUGUCCCUGUCCACAGACGUGUGGAGUGUAGGGGUGCUGGCCUACGUCAUGCUCAGCGGAGUCUCCCCGUUCCUGGACGAGAGUCUGGAGGAGACCUGCGUCAACAUAUGCAGGCUGGACUUCUGCUUUCCUGAGGAGUACUUCAGUGGCGUUAGCCAGGUCGCCAAAGACUUCAUUGUGUCCACGCUUCACCAGGAC